ACAGAACAGAAAACAAAUUUUGAAAACGGAACACGUUUUAUACGCUUUAUCGUUGUUAAUUAUAUUUCUUAAAUACAAAAAUGGUAAACGUUAGCGAGUCAGCUAUCCAAAAUAUUGGAAAGGUGUUAAACGACCCGUCAAGACCGAUGAAGGAGCGUUUUAGAGCACUUUUCAGUUUGCGAAACUUGGGCGGCGAAACAUCGAUAGAAUGUAUUAGUGAGUGUUUUAAAGAUGAGUCAGUUUUGCUAAAACACGAGCUAGCAUAUUGUUUAGGCCAAAUGCAAGAUAAAAGAGCUAUUCCGGUGUUAAGAAAAGUGUUAGAAGAUAUAGAACAAGACCCUAUAGUACGCCAUGAAGCUGGUGAGGCGCUUGGAGCUAUUGGAGACCCAAAUCUAAGAGAGAUCCUAGAGAAGUAUCAACAUGACCAAGCAAUUGAAGUUGCUGAAACUUGUCAAAUUGCUCUGCAAAGGUUAAAUUGGAUUGCAAAUGAAAGUGCUAAAGAUGUCAAUUUAUCAAAAAGUCUAUAUAGCUCAGUGGAUCCGGCUCCACCAAGUACUGAAUCAGAUGUUGAUUGCUUAAAGAAAACUCUUAUGGAUGAAACUAAAUCUUUAUUUGAAAGAUACAGAGCAAUGUUCAGUUUAAGAAAUUUGGGUACAACAGAGAGCAUCAAUGCAUUGGGUGAAGGUCUUAAAGCUAGCAGUGCGUUAUUCCGUCAUGAAGUGGCAUUUGUGUUUGGUCAAAUGCAAGAUGAGCGCAGUGUGCCGUACUUGAAGCAGACAUUAGAAGACACCAAUGAGCAUGAGAUGGUCAGACAUGAGGCAGCUGAAGCUCUUGGCUCUAUAGCAACUGAUGAAUGCAUUGAAGUUCUAAAGCGGUACCUGAAUGAUCCAAGACGUGUUGUUAGAGAGAGUUGCGAGGUGGCCUUAGAUAUGUCUGAAUAUGAGAACAGUCCAGAAUUCCAGUAUGCUAAUACUUUACUCACAGUCAACGCUUAAAAAGUUAUGCAAAUUGCCUUAAAAAAAAUUUAACUCAAAAAAACUUUUGUACAGUUAUAAGAUUGAUAAAUGUUGCCAGUUGGGUAUUCCAGAAGUGUUCAAAUUAAAGGUGUUUCUUUUGUUUUGUGUUGUGACAAUUAAUAGCUAAAAUGAAUAAGUUAAAGAGAGCUGAGGGCCUAGUGCGAGUAUUUGCGACGCACGAAUUCCUAACGUCGUCCAAAAAAUAUGUCAAAAUUUGUAUGAGAUUUAUUGGUGUACUUUACGCCCGGAAGGG